AUGGCAGCUGAGAUAUCCCGCCCGCAAGGCGCGUCAACGGACAUGGAAGCCAUUGGGCAGAAAGUACAAUUUUUGUCGGAAAAAACGCUCCGAGAGAUCGCCAAAGGUCCAUUGGUGAAAUUCGUACUGACAUGCCAAGAGACGGAGAAGGUGAACCGGGUGUGGCAGUCCUUGCUUCAGACAUUGUCCACUCCAUCUCUGUCACCACCUCAUUCAGCGGAGGCUUACAAUGCGGGCUCUGCUUUCAUUGAUGCUGCCACCAAUUCCAAAUGUGAUUCAACAAAGCAAUUGGCCCUCUCUACCGAGCUCUGGUUGUCAAUCUUCGACAUCUGCUUGAAUCGCUAUGAAGAUGCCAAGCCGAAACAUAUCAAGCACCUGUUGGGUUCAAUCACGACCAUUCUAGCCAAACGCCAUCAAGGAGAGGCACGGCAAGUCAUCCAAACUGCAAUUGUUGACGCCAUCAUUCCCAGCAUUGUGCUUGGUGAGCCCCAAUCGCGACUUAAGGGAUGCUUGGUCUUUCUUGAGACGUUCAUCCGCAAAGGUGCUUUCUUGCCCUCUGAGUUCAUCUCCUCGGUUCGAGCUUGGUUAGAAAAGAGCCCAGAAAGAUGGACUACUGUUUUUGCCAAGGAUCGUGAAGUUUUCCAAGAUGUACCUAGCUCGUCAGAUAUAUCCGACGAACUAGCGGCCAGGAUCUUCGUGCUAGGGCUUUUGACUCAAACGAAUAACAGGACCAUGGCUGCCUCGGCAGGUAACUUGCUUUCCGUGUUAAUACAGAAGAUGAAACCUGAAACAUCGCCACAAAAGCUCUCAGAAAUUUGGGUGGCCCCCGUGAGAAGGAUGGUCUUGCAAAGCGAGGAAAGCUUGGAAGAUCUGUCAAAUAGGCUAUUGCAGCCGUUGUUCGCCAUUGAUCCGAGCGGUUUCAGGUCUUUCCUAGAGACCCUGCCUGUUCAGAGCCUUCUCAAAGGUGACAUGAGUGAUGAACCUGAAGCAGAAUAUAUGCUUUUGUUCGCUGCUUUACAAGUUGGCAAGAAGGUCAAUUUGGUUCACGAAGACUAUAUCCUCAACACCAGUAAAGCAAAGAUCAACCAGAGCGAGCUGUUGCUUUUGAAGAGCGAAGUCAUCGGCAACUUCCUUCUUCACCGCGAAGCGAACAUCCGUAUCGCCGCUCUCUCGCUGCUCAUUACGGCUUUCUCCACGCUAAAGCCUUUUACUGUCGGAGCAACCAAAGCAAUACUGCGAGGGCUACCAUCAAUGCAUGCCGAAUCCGAUGCCUAUACCCGGGGUGAGAUCCUCAGCAUGACACGGCGAUUUAUUCUGCGGCUAAAGGGAGGUAUUGUGAAGGAUGAAGAUGUUUCCAAAUCGGAGAACACAUCGAACAAAACAGCCAAUGGCCAGGCCAAGAACGAAAGCGAAACAAAGGAGUUCCUGAGGGAAUACAUUCAGUUCCUAGGGAGUGAUUUGCGCUUGACUGCAUCAUACCCGCGCCAUAUUACAGCAUUGAAGGCAUUGAAGCUUCUACUGGACUCCGGUCUUGAUCCACGCACGGAGGUGAAGCCGCAAAAGUCUGAGGUUGAAAAUGUUUGGAAGGUACAAGUUGAAGUGUUUGAUGCUCACUUACUCCGACUGUUGAUUGAUCUCCUAAUGGAUCCAUUUGAAGAAGUACGCCAGACUUCUCUUUCGAUCCUGAGUUUGUGUCCCCGGGAGAUUUUAUUAAAUGGCAUGGACACCAACGAUCAAAGCUCCGCCGUAGGAAUGCGGUUGACGGAUGCGGUAGCACGAGCAGAGAGCCUGGCAAGCAAUACCAGCAGAGCCGAUCACGCCGAUACCGUUGCGCGUUUAUACCACAUUAUCUUCGCUGCGGCACUUCCAGGAAACUCUGGCCAGUCGGCUACAAAUUGGUGGACCACCAAGGCUUCUGUGGUUGAUACACUUUUGACCAAGCUCGAGGAGCGCUUAUCAAGUUCAAAAGGCCUUUUCAAUUCCAGCAUGCGAGAGGCACCACUUCACGGCUAUACAUCUGGUUUGAGGCUCAUCGUUCUUAUGCCCAAUUUCCACACCUUGAUCUCAGAUGAGUCGGGAUGCGCCGCGUGGCGGACAGUUCAUGAACGAAUUGUUUCAAUUUGUGAUAAAAUCUGGCUGGAGGCAAAGCCUGUAUUGUGUAUCGAUUCCCCCGAGGGUCACUCGGAUGAGCCAACCGAAGAGCUCAAUGUGGGACCCAAGGAUGUUCUUUCAUAUUCUUGGAGAUCCCUUCGUGAAUCAACCCUUCUCCUCCAUGCUACAUUGAUCAAUACCAGCUACGGUCCAAGCGGAGAUGACGGGCUCCAGCGUGUGGAUUUCGCCAAGAUUGGAGGCGCGAGUUUUGCACAAUUGGCCGAGCUCCGCCACAGAGGUGCAUUUUCAAACGUCUCCCAGACAUUUGCGACAUGCUGUCAGAGAUGUAGCUCCGCGAAGGACCCGUCAAUUCGGGAGCUCCCCCGGGGUUGGUACCAGGAAGCUAAAUCGACUAUCUUCGACUCGGCAUCGAAACUUACUCGCCGAUCCGCUGGCUUGCCUGCGUUGGUAACAGGAAUUGUUGCUUCGGACCCGGGAACGCCAUUCUUCAAGGAAGCCUUGGAAGAGCUGCACAAAAUUUCAUACCUUCCUGUGGAGUACGAUAAGGAGAGACAGUACUUGGAACUACCCCAAGUUCAUGCAAUGAACUGUCUGAAGGAUAUCUUCACGAACGCCAAGCUUGGCCCUUAUUCGGAGCCAUUCAUCAUGAAGGCACUGACGCUGUCUGCCGAACGUCUGGGAUCGCCUAUCUGGGCGCUUCGGAAUUCGGGACUCAUGCUCUUCCGUGCCCUACUUACGAAAAUGUGCCGCGCUAUUCCCGGUGCUGGACCCGGCUUCGGCGGCAGUUCUGGAUCUGAGCCUGGAUCUAGGAUAGCAUUCUCCAAGUACCCAGGUCUAUUAGAGCUGCUCUCUGGUCUUCUCACGACAGCACAGGGAGAAGCAGCGGAGGGCACGGAGAUCAUCACCGAACGGGUGUUCCCUGCCCUUGAAUUGGUUGGUGAUAAAGUUCCCAGUCUCACUGAUGAGACUGACGAGAUGCUGCGUGGGUUGGUUCUUGCACACUUGAGCAGCCCUGUUUGGGGUGUUAGAGAGCACGCAGCUCGCGUAUAUGCCUCGCUACUUACGCGACAAAAUAUCCCCGAGGCUUUGCGUGCACUUGUUAUGCUCCCGUCAAACAUCACUGAGAACUAUGUCCAUGGAGUGGCUAUGUGUGCGCGGUAUGCUCUUCGCCGAUAUGCGGCAACUACCGAUGCAUAUUGGACUUCUAACAUCGAUGACCUUUUCACUACUUUACGUACUGUACUGGAAGUUCUAUUCCGUGUCGGAAAGUCACCGACUGUGGCAGCAGAGCUCGUUGAGAUAUUGGUGGGCACGCUGGAGCGGGCUAUUCAAGGCCAAAGCGAGACCAUGGUUACCUCUUUCAUUAAUGAGAUGUUUGAAGUUCACGAUCUGGAUGGAAUCUUGACUUUUGUCUUCGACGCUUCUCAUUCAGGGUGGAAUUUAUCCAGUGCCACUCGAUCAUCCGCGCUGCUAAGAAGAGCACUCGCCUGGUGCACGACAUUGAAGCUUCUCGCUUCCGGACAAGCACAGGGUCUUUCAGCCUUCUAUAACGGAGUAUCGCAGUUUGAUGCCGAUGCUGCUCGUUGGAUUUCCGAGAGACUCGACGAGCAGAUUGGUACAGAAGAAAGGUACCGAAAGCCACUGGCCGACUUGUAUACUUCUGUGAUUCUUGGCACUAGUCCACCAUACGUGAGAACAAUUGCUGCAUCGAAUCUGGCCUUUAUCCUAGAAAAGAUGAUGGCAUCCCAAUUCGAUGGCGUCUCUCGACUUGAUCUACCAUGGGAGGCCAUCUCGAAUAACUUCCUCCCUGAGAUAGAUAUUGAAACUUGGAACCGCGAAGCAACAGACGCCGAGCUUCGCCUUAGAGGGUGCCUUUUGGCGAUUCGUCUCGCCUUUGAUCGCAAGAGCGCUUCCAUCUCCUUCGAAAACGAUAUUCACAAUUGGACUAUCAAACUUUGCUCUGCCUUGAGCGAAGAAACCGAAUUUACCACUCGCUUUGCAGCAGUUGCCUCUGUCGGCAGUUUUGCACGGGCUCUUCGUCCUUCAGGGGCUAAGCCCCGCGUUGACCCAGUCUUGUUGAAUACCUAUCUGGUCCUAUAUGACAUGCUCAACGAUGAUGACGAAGAGCUACGUGACAUGUCCGCGUCGACAGCCUCUUGGGUGUUGUCGCACUCAUCCGUCUCCCCCGAUGCCGAUGUUACCCUCGCACCUCUGAACGCCAGUGCGCUUCUUGCAGACUUCAUCGUCGAAAAUUACUCAGACUCUGCACUGCUUGGACAGCAGGUACUUCACUACCUCACAGGCCAGCAGCCCCGGCUUAGUGCAUCUGACCACCCAACCCAUAUUGCUCGUGUGGCCGAUUUGCUCGUCGAAUAUCGCCAGGAAAGCACGGUACUGUUUGUAGAGGAGAAGCAAAAUCUUUUCAUUGAUGACAUCCGCGAAGCUGAGGUCUGGUCUCGGGCUCUGGUUCGCCUAGAGGAGUCAGCAUUCCCAGAAUCCUCGUUGCAACAGAUCACUUCCUGGGCUUUGCAGGGUUUGACAUACAUCAUCGGUCUUCUCGGGGAGGAAGAUGGUCAAGAUGGACUUAUGGGCUGGGUUUCGACCCCCGAGGCCUUUACUCUUGGAUUCCGCGUUAUUGCGAUCGCUUCUGCUCUGGCAUCUCCGGACUUCUCAGGGCCAAAGGAGACUGUCGAUUCCGCAACUUUCAAGCAUUUACUCAAAUUGCUUCUCAGUGCAGGACAAGCGGCGUCUGUCCAUGGAGAUUGGUUGUCGAGAAUUCAGCGUGCUUUGGAGACCAGUUUAUAG